ACACACUGCCCUCUAGUGGCAGCAGGCCUUAAACACACUCGGGUUUACAUUUCCUUCCAUUUUGUUUGGCUUGAAAAAGUCAAGACGUGUUGCCUGACGGCAGGGCGUGAAAUAAACGUCCGAACUGGAGGAAGGUGGCUUUUUAAGAUCAACAAGUGAAAAGUUACAGACUGUAAGAGGAAAAGUGUGCUUACAGAAAAUAUGAACUAUGCUAGAUUUCUGACGGCGGUCAGCGCAGCCAGGAAGCCGUCGCCCAUCAGGAUGCUGACUGAGCUGCAGCAGCGUUCGCCUCCAUCGCUGAUCUCGCUGGCCGGGGGAGCGCCCAACCCUGACACGUUCCCCUUUGAGUCGGCGACCAUCCAGGUGAAAAACGGCCAAACGGUCUCCUUCGACAAGAUGGCUAUGAAAAGGGCGCUGCAGUACUCUGCCUCCAGCGGGAUCCCAGAGUUGCUGACGUGGAUGAAGAACCUGCAGAAGAACCUCCACAACCCACCGACGGCUGCCUACAGUCCAGAGAAUGGACAGAUGGAUGUGUGUGUGACCACAGGGAGCCAAGAAGGACUCUGUAAGGUGUUUGAAAUGCUAGUCAGCCCUGGAGACAACGUCCUGCUGGACUCACCCACCUACCCGGGAACACUGGCGGCGCUGCAGCCGCUGGGCUGCAACAUCAUCAACGUUUGCAGUGAUCAGCAUGGAAUGAUACCAGCAUCGCUGAAGGAGGUCUUAUCUCGCUGGGACCCGUCAGAUGUUCACAAACCCGGCAGCGGCGCUCCUAAGAUCCUCUACACCAUUCCCAACGGAGGGAACCCCACCGGCGCCUCCAUGACGGCUCAGAGAAAGAAGGAAAUCUAUGAGCUGGCAAAGAAGUACGACAUGCUCAUCAUCGAGGACGACCCCUACUACUUCCUGCAGUUUGACAAGCCAUGGGCACCAACCUUCCUCUCCAUGGAUGUAGACGGGCGUAUCAUCAGAACGGACUCCUUCUCCAAGAUCCUGUCUUCAGGCUUAAGGAUCGGUUUUGUAACGGGUCCCAAACCUCUGCUGGACCGGGUGGUGCUGCACAUUCAGGCGUCCACCAUGCACACGAGCACCUUCACACAGCUGAUGGUGUCACAGUUGUUGCACAGCUGGGGCCAAGAGGGCUUCCUUCACCACAUAGACGGGGUCAUCGACUUUUACGGAAAGCAACGUGAUGCUAUGAUUAGCUCCGCCCACAAGUGGCUGGCAGAUAUGGCUGAGUGGCACGUCCCCUCAGCUGGAAUGUUCUUGUGGAUCAAGCUGAAGGGAAUCCAAGACACCCGGCAGCUCAUCAUGGAGAAGGCCCUGGAGAAGGAGGUGCUGCUCGUUCCAGGAAGUGUGUUCAUGAUCGACAGCAGUGAACCAUGUCCUUACGUCAGAGCGGCCUUUUCGCUGUCCACUCCCCAACAGAUUGAUGAAGCCUUCAGACGCCUCGCCAGUCUCAUCAGAGAGGCUUCCUGACCCUGCUGCCUUCUCCAUUUUACAUGAAGAUUUUAUGGUGUUCAAUGUAACAUUCAUUAAAGUUAAUGCCAACGGUG